AAUCAAAGGACAUAAACUUACGAGAUAUAUCAUAACUCAUAAGUUGUGAAAGUUGGAAUUCAAAAAGGAGCUAACUAUGAAUCUAUGAUACGUUAUUUUGUUGCUUAUACGGAACAAAACAAUUCCAAAAACAAAGAAGAUGUAAAAGUCUGACCCGGAUCAUGCGGACACCAAGUUGUACAUACAAAAUAUGUAGGAUGAAAAUAUGAAAUUCUCUUCCCAUAUGCAUAGAAUAAUAAUUUACCUUAGUUAAAAAGAUUAGUUUCUAAGUUUGCCCCAAAUAAAGAGAUUAGUUUCUUGAAAAAAGCAUUUUGUGGAUAGACAAGAAUUUAAAUAGAAUGAAGAGGCGACCAUGCAAGUGUUGUACUAGGCCAAAUUUUGGAGACGCUCUUUCUCUUUCAUAGAGAGAGAGUGAGAAAGUUCUGAUACGGCGGCUUCUCACUGUCAUCUAGCUGUACCACUGACGAUAAAUCUCUCUCUUCCUCUAAAUCGGUUAAAAAAUUCAUUCCCUUCUUGGAUUGCUCUGUUUUCUUCGGCGGUUCUUGCAGCUCCAUUGAUUCUCUGUUUCCUCUGCUACAGUUAACUUAUACUUGCAGAUUCUCGCGUUGAUAGUAAAAAGAUGGUGAAGCUUUUGGAGCUGUUCAUAACUUCAUCAAAACCAGUCGUUGAGAUUCUGUUGAUAACAUCAGUCGGAUUUUAUAUGGCUCUCGAUGGAGUCAAUCUUCUUGGUCAUGAUGCUCGUAAAUAUCUGAACAACAUUGUCUUCUAUGUGUUUAGUCCUUCGCUUAUUGGAAGCCGUUUAGCUGAUAGUGUUACAUACGAAAGCUUGGUCAAAAUGUGGUUCAUGCCGGUGAAUGUUCUGCUUACAUUCAUCAUUGGUUCAUUACUUGGCUGGAUUGUUAUUGUCAUCACUAAGCCUCCUUCACACCUUCGUGGUCUCAUUCUUGGUUGUUGUGCUGCUGGGAAUUUGGGGAAUAUGCCACUGAUUAUAAUCCCAGCUGUUUGUAAAGAAAAAGGAGGUCCCUUUGGAGAUCCUGAGAGUUGCCAGAAAUAUGGAAUGGGUUAUGUUGCUCUCUCCAUGGCUAUGGGAUCUAUUUACAUAUGGACUUAUGUAUACAAUCUUAUGCGUGUGCUAUCGAACUCUCCCGUUGAAACCCCUCCCUCUGUUGAAUCCAACUACGACAGCUACAAAGUUCCCCUUAUUUCUUCCAAGGAAGAAGAAAACAACCAAAAGGCUGGGAGGUGGGAAAAAGUCAAGCGGAGAUUGGUUUCACUGUCACAAAAAGUCAACCUUAAGACAAUUUUUGCUCCAUCAACUAUUGCUGCGAUGAUUGCACUUGUGAUCGGGCUCAUUACUCCUUUAAGGAAGCUAAUAAUCGGCACGGAAGCUCCUCUCCGGGUGCUUCAAGACUCAGUAACUCUAGUGGGAGAUGGGGCAGUUCCUGCAAUGACCAUGAUUAUAGGAGGAAACCUACUCAAAGGUUUGAGGAGUUCAGGAAUGAAAAUGUCCAGUAUUAUCGGCGUCUUGGUUGCGCGUUACGUUUUACUGCCUAUGAGCGGUGUUUUAAUCGUAAGAGGAGCAUAUAAGUUGGAUUUAGUUACAUCAGAGCCCUUAUACCAAUUCGUUCUUCUUCUUCAAUAUGCUGUCCCACCAGCCAUGAAUCUAGGUACAAUUACUCAGUUAUUUGGAACUGGGGAGAGUGAAUGCUCAGUGAUUAUGCUCUGGACUUACUCUUUGGCUUCGAUUGCACUCACUGUUUGGCCAACAUUCUUCAUGUGGCUUGUAGCUUAGAAUAGACCCCCAUACUCAUCAUGUUACAUGUAUUGUUUUGUUCCAUUGAUUCAAGAAUUGUUCUUGGACUUCCAGAUGAUUGGAUCAAGUAUAAUAGAGAACAUAUACUUAUAAGUCUUUUGAUACGAACUUUGGACUUACAGUCUGUAACUUACAGAUAGAAGAUCAAGUCCAGCCUCAUCAAGAAUCUGCUAUUUUGAUCCUCAUUGUCUUGGGAUCCAUCAAGAGAUUGUGAGGCUUAAAAUCUCUGUUAUGAUACCCAAAUCAUUCUCUCUUGAAACAGGGUAAAACCAGAGAACAAUCUACUUGACUACUUGUGACUGUGGCCAUGGCAGAAAGCUAUUCCUUUGUUUAGUUUGGUACACCUGAGAAAAAUUUCAGAUUGUUACAUUUGGUUUAAUAGACUAUUACAUAUCAGUCAAGUGAGUACAAAUGAUGAGAGAAAAGAGUGGUGACAAAAAGCUCUAAUUGGUGGAUUUUGUGAUAAAUUUCUUUACAUCUGUGUCCAUGUAUCUCAAACCUAAUCGUACUCUAAGAUCAAUUAAUGUCUCAUCACGUCAUAUUUGAGAUUUUGAUGUAUAACCUUCCACAUCAGGGCUAAAGUGCAUGCUAGACUCCAAG